AUGGCAUCCGCGGCGCCCCAAGUGGAAAGUUCACCACCGACUAAGGACGCCAAGGCCAAGCAAGACCCUGUGGAGGAGGAUGAAUACGAGCGCGAGCCCUGCGAAGCCGUUGACGAUCUGCGGACAACGUGCAUAUUCACCGCGCUUUCUGGGCUCUUUCUCUCCGAGAAGUAUGCUGACAUGAUCAUCACCUGCAAUGGCAGCACUUUCAAGGCCCAUCGGGCUAUUGCAUGCCCUCAGUCGUCCUUCUUCGACAAGGCAUUCUCCGCCUCAUUCAAGGAAGCCGCCUCAGGAACCAUCGACUUACCAGACGAUGAGCCCUCUAUCUUCCGGCGCUUGCUUCAGUUUCUCUACACGGGAAACUACGACGAUGGAGUCAUGCCGAUGCUCGGAAAGCCGGCUGCGAUUUCGCUGUUGCAGCCUGACGAGGUUGCCCAUGAACUCGACGCACCGAUUGGUGUAGAAGAUCCCCGCAGGGGGAGAAAGGUCCCAAGAAGGACAUCCACCAGCUCCAGACAUCCUAGCCACUCGGCUGAGAACCUGGAUGGCAGCGGCGACGAUACGACUAGCGUCACCGACGAUGAGAGCUUCUCCGGCUCCUCGGGGUUCGACCCUGGCUACAUAAGGAGACAGCCAUCGGGCAUCGAGCCGGAAGAGGAAUACAAUGAAUUCUCCGGCGAGAACGUGGCCGAUGAGCUCGCGGACGACGCAGACGACACCAUCAACAAAAAGCUAUCGCAACCCGAAGGAGCGGGCGACGACGUAGUGACCCUAGUAAAGAAGGAGCUUUACGGCGCUCGAGAUGACUUGUUCCUGCACCUGCGUCUAUACGUCAUGGCCGACAAGUACGACGUGCCAGCCCUCAAGCUCCUGGCUCGAGAGCGCUUCUAUCGAUCGGCGGAACUGAGUUGGGAGGUCGCAGACGAGUUUCCUGCUGUCGUUGAUGAGUUGUACAGCGACACCAUUGAGACGCAUUCUGCGAUGCGAGAUAUUGUAUGCCGGUUAGUUGGAAAUCAAGUGGGGAAUGUGCGAACGAGGGAGAGGAUGGAGUGGGUUAUGAAGAAACAUGGCGAGUUCGCCGUGGGAGUUAUGAAUUAUUACAUCUUGUCGAAGGAUGGAGAGUUUGCCUGGUCAUGA